AUGAGUGAAGUUCAACCAGCAACAACCCCAGUGAAAGUUGUUAUCAUAGGGGUGGGUAGUGUAGGCUCGGCAACUGCUUACACGCUCCUCCUCAGUAAAAUUGUUUCGGAAAUUGUUCUCAUAGAUGUCAAUAAGGACAAGGCGGAGGGCGAGAGUAUGGAUCUAAACCAUGCAGCGAGCUCGACCACGAAAUCCAGAGCCGGGGAUUUUCCGGACUGUGCGGGCGCUGCAAUCGUUAUAGUUACGUGUGGCAUUAAUCAAAAAAAUGGCCAAACGAGAAUGGAUUUGGCCGCAAAGAAUGCCGCGAUCAUGCAGGAGAUUGUACCCAAUGUGGCCCAACAUGCGCCCGAUUCCAUUAUACUCAUUGCGACCAACCCAGUCGACGUUCUGACCUAUGUUAGUUACAAAGCUUCUGGCUUCCCAUCUAGCAGAGUUUUUGGUUCCGGCACCGUCCUAGAUACGGCCCGUUUCAAGUACAUCUUGGGCGAGCACUUCCAAAUACCCUCAGAAAGUGUCGACGCAUGCGUUAUUGGGGAGCACGGUGAUUCUGGUGUGCCGGUGUGGUCUCUAACAAACAUAGAUGGCAUGAAACUACGUGAGUACUGUGAGGCAAGAAAUCACAAUUACGAUGAGGAAGUUUUCCACAAGAUCUUCGAGCAGACCCGUAACGCUGCUUACGACAUUAUUAAACGCAAGGGCUAUACCUCUUACGGAAUUGCAGCUGGGCUGUUGCGCAUUGUUAAAGCUAUCUUGGGUGAUACAAACGCAGUACUCACUGUAUCUACUGUAGGGGACUAUUACGGAGUAGAGGAUAUUGCCAUAAGUGUUCCUACAAGGUUGGAUAAGGAUGGCGUUCAUCCCGCUAGCGAAAUAUCUUUGAACCAGAAAGAACUCGGACUGAUGAAAAAAUCCGCCGAUCAAAUAAAAUCCGCCCUAGUGGCCUUGACGCAGAAAUAG